GACCCGGAAGUGCUGCUCUCUGCUUCUCUGCUUCCGGAGACGAAAGACAAAGAUGGAGACUCUGCACCGGCUGCGGCAGUUUGACGCCUACCCCAAGACUUUGGAGGACUUCAGGGUGAAGACGUGCGGCGGGGCUGUUGUUACGGUCAUCAGUGGUCUAAUCAUGCUUAUACUCUUCUUCUCUGAGCUACAGUACUACCUCACUAAAGAAAUCUACCCAGAAUUAUUUGUUGAUAAAUCGAGAGGAGACAAGUUAAAAAUAAACAUUGAUAUUCUAUUUCCACACAUGCCAUGCGCUUAUCUGAGCAUCGAUGCAAUGGAUGUGGCUGGAGAGCAGCAACUUGAUGUGGAGCACAAUCUGUUCAAGCAGCGUUUGGAUAAAGAUGGGAAACAUGUGACUUCAGAAGCCGAGAAGCAUGAUCUAGGUAAAACAGAAGAACACAUAGUGUUUGAUAUGAAAACAUUAGAUCCCAACCGUUGUGAAAGCUGUUAUGGAGCAGAGACGGAUGAUAUUAGGUGUUGCAAUACAUGUGAUGACGUACGGGAAGCAUACCGCAGGAAAGGAUGGGCUUUUAAGACCCCAGAUUCUAUAGAGCAGUGUAAAAGGGAAGGAUUUAGUCAGAAGAUGCAGGAACAAAAGAACGAAGGUUGCAGGCUCUACGGAUUUCUAGAAGUUAAUAAGGUGGCUGGGAACUUCCAUUUUGCCCCUGGAAAAAGCUUCCAGCAAUCCCAUGUACAUGUUCACGAUUUGCAGAGCUUCGGCCUCGACAAUAUCAAUAUGACACAUCACAUUAGACAUCUGUCAUUUGGAAGGGAUUAUCCUGGUAUCGUUAAUCCUCUUGAUGGGACUAGUAUCAAUGCAGUACAAGCUUCUAUGAUGUUUCAGUAUUUUGUGAAAAUCGUUCCUACAGUUUAUGUGAAAGUUGAUGGAGAGGUACUAAGGACCAAUCAGUUCUCAGUAACCAGACAUGAGAAGAUAGCCAAUGGCCUGAUUGGAGACCAGGGCCUCCCUGGAGUAUUUGUCCUGUAUGAAUUAUCCCCAAUGAUGGUGAAACUCACAGAGAAGCACAGGUCGUUUACACAUUUUCUAACUGGAGUAUGUGCUAUAAUCGGUGGAGUAUUUACAGUUGCAGGUCUCAUCGACUCUCUAAUAUACUAUUCCACGCGUGCAAUCCAAAAGAAAAUUGAACUUGGAAAAACCACCUAAUGGGAUCAACCUACGGACUACUCGCGGAGAGGCGAGAGACUGCAGCAUCUCUAGUCAUCGGACAUGUGGACAACAGAAAGAGGUUAUUUAAGGAACAGCAGGAAUAGAGUGCUGCAGUUAACUUGAUGUUGACUUUCUAUUUUGAGAGAAAUACACCAAACCAAGACACAGACACUCUAUGAAAUAUCAAGAGCCUGGAGUGUUUCCCACAGAAAUUCUGUUGGUAUAAUGUGCAAUGUUUUUAAAUUUUUUUAAAAGAUUCAGCGGGUACUUGUAUGCAGUAUCUAGUGAGGUUUUCUCUUGAUUUCUGUUUAUUUACAUCCAUGCUGUCCUCAACACAAUACAAAUCAGCCAAUCGAGGAUGUCAAGAAAAGGAACAAGUGACACUACAGUACUUGGAAGCACAAACAGUGACGGCGCGUUUCACACAUUCAUCUCGGGAAUUAAAAGUGAAAACGCUGACCGCCUUCGCAUAAAGCUCAGCCGCUCUCACCAGCAUAGGAAAGUUGGCUACAGAUGUGGUGUGUGAUUACAGAGCCAGAAUGGACAGUCAGAUUUGGGUAUAUUAACUUGAAGUCCAGUUGGACAACCCUACAGAAUGACAUGUCUUUUAUUCCAGCCAAGUAUUUUAUUUAAUUUUUUUCUCCCCCAUAGCUGAAGGAAUGAAUGUGUAUGUGGGUCAAUAAAUGUCACAGACUCUGAAAGAUUUCGUAUUUUGCAGCUCACUGAUGUAACACGUAGUUGUGAACCUAAUAUUUUGGUACAUUCUUUUAAAACCCAUAAGCUAGGUCUCAAGUAAAAUGUGACCUCUAACUCUUCUUAAACUACAGCAACCAGAGGAUAGUUUAGGAUUGUUGGAACUAUAGUCCAUCGAAAGCUUUGAGAAUCACUGUUGCUACACCCUGUUUUAAAGCUGUACAUUAAUCUUGGUUUAAUUAGGUGAAAACAGAAAACGAGUAUAUUUUUUAGAAUAGCAAUGUCUGGUUUAAAUAUGGAUAAUCAGCCACUGACUCAGGCUGUACGACCUACAUGUGUGUAUUUUGCAAUUCCAUUCCCCUGUGAAACUAGGCCCUUUUUCCAUUUCUUUGAAAACACUCUGGUGUAUUGUUUUGCUAAUCUACUUUC